AUCAAAUUAAGAAAAAAAGUUUCACACUUGGCUCUCCAAUCUCCAGUCUCCAGUGAUUCCAAGCAUGUCACUCCGGCGGCGACUCAACCUCACCACCGUGACUCGCUCACUGUCCAGCGUAUCCUCCGGCGCCGACCCAUUUCUCAGCCACCCAUCGCACAACCAUCUCUCCAGCAUCAAAUCUAAAAGCGAACUUGUUAAAUCAUACACUGUUACACCCCCUAUCAAACCCUGGCCUCAAAAUCUCUAUCCUAAACGCCUCGUUUCCAUCAUUACUUCCCAACAAAAUCUGGACCUUGCCCUCCAAAUCUUUCACCAUGCUGGUAAGUAUCAUCCCAAUUUCUUUCACAAUUACGAUACUUAUAAUGCCAUAAUUAAUAAACUUGCUCGAGCUCGAGCUUUCCAAGAGGUGGAGAUUUUACUGGGGGACCUGCUCAAGUUGAAUGUUAAGUGUGGGGAGAAUUUGUUUAUUGGUGUUAUUCGUAAUUACGGUAUUGCAAGUCGGCCUAAGCAAGCCCUUGAGAUGUUCUUGAGGAUUAAAGACUUUGGUGUCGAGACUUCAGUCAGGUCGUUUAAUACGUUGCUCAAUGCUUUGAUUCAGAAUAAGCAGUAUAAGUUGGUGCAUAUGUUGUUUAAGAAUUGUAAGAAGAGGUUUAAUGUUGUUCCCAAUGUGUUCACUUGUAAUAUUUUGUUGAAGGGUUUUUGUAAAAGUGAUGAUAUUGAGGGGGCGCUUAAGGUGCUUGAUGAAAUGCCAGAGAUGGGUAUGGUUCCCAAUGUGGUAAGCUAUACCACGAUAUUGGGGGGGUUUGUGUCGAGAGGGGAUAUGGAUGGUGCGAAGAAGGUGUUUGAUGAGAUUCUUGAUCGAGGGUGGAUUCCUGAUGCGACCACGUAUACGAUUUUGAUGGAUGGGUUUUGUAAGACGGGGAAGUUGAUUGAAGCGGUUAAGGUGAUGGAUGAAAUGGAGGAGAAUGGGAUUGAGCCAAAUGAUGUGACUUAUGGAGUGAUGAUUGAAGCGUUUUGUUUAAAUAAGAAAUCAGGGGAGGCUGUUAAUUUGCUUCAAGAUAUGCUUGAAAAGAAGUAUGUACCUGAUUCGGUAUUGUGUUGUAAGUUGAUAGAUCUUUUGUGUGAAGAAGGGAAGGUUGAGGAUGCGUGUGAUUUGUGGAAAAAGUUGUUGAGGAAGAACGUUACACCUGAUAAUGCAAUAUCAAGUACUCUUAUAUAUUGGCUUUGUAAGGACGAUAAUAUUGUUGAAGCAAAGAAGUUAUUUGAUGAGUUUGAGAAGAGUUCCUUUCCUAGUGUCUUGACGUAUAAUACACUCAUUGCGGGGAUGUGCGAGAAGGGAGAAUUGUGUGAGGCUGGGAGGUUGUGGGAUGACAUGGUGGAGAAAGGAUGCACUCCGAAUUCAUUUACCUAUAAUAUGCUAAUUAAAGGAUUUUGUAAAGUUGGUAAAGCAAAGGACGGUAUUAAAAUACUGGAGGAGAUGUUGGACAAAGGUUGUUUUCCGAAUAGAUCCACUUACUCUAUCCUAGUUGAGGGACUUUAUGACUCGGGACAGGAAGCUGAAGUUCCUCAAAUUCUUGCUCUUGCAGCUUCAAGUGUACAAGGGAUUGAUACAGACACUUGGGAAAUUAUUAUAAGCAGGCUUCUUCAGAUCAUUUUUGUAUCCAUGCUCGUGCUUGGAAGACUUUAGCGUCUUGAUCUGUGCCUGAAGAAAGAAACAGGACGCCAAAUGAGCAAUUACAAUUUUUUUCCCCCGGGGAGUUGGCCCUCUCUAAAAGGUUCUGAUUGCAAUGUUGAAGAGUAUGCACCAAUAAUUUGCACUCCUAUAGUUUCUUUAGAAGGCAUGGGGAAAUGUACUUUAGUCCCGCAGAUCAUGAAAAAAUGUUGUCCAUGGUGGCCUGCUGAUCAGGUCAUAGACAUGGCGAACAUUGGAAAGAGGGCGAUCCAUUAUUUGCAUAAACUAAGUGCCGCAAACAUCCCAACUGAUUUAAUUGAAAAAGGCCAAAACUUCGAAAGAAAGCAAAACUUGAGGUAUUUCCCAAAAAGUGAACUCUGUCAAUAAUAAAUGUCAGGGAUCGGGAAGGCUCCCCUGUAAAGCAUUGAUAAAAGAUUGCAUCGCUGUGAUGUGCAUGUGCCAUGUUCGUUGCAGAACUGCUGAUGAUUUGUUAUUGUCCGAGAAUUCCUCCAAGGACAAGUUAGAAACUUGUAGAUCGGCCGCCACCAUUGCUCUUCCUCAAAUAGAAAAUGUUUGUGCACUGCUAUGCAGAAGCUAUUAUUGAUGAUCAUGGAGCUUGAUGCUUUAAAGUUUAAAGGAGACAGCAGAUAUACAAGGUCUUACAACAUGCGCAGAUGGUCCCAGGCACGUUUUAGUAUUCCACACUCUAUUGACUUAUCUAACCCACACUCAAUCAAUACAGUUUGAGUCAUAUGAAAGCUAAAUAAUUUGGUGCAGAGCUCCUGUGUCGGAGAUAAUUUUAGAUGAACUUUCUUAUAAUAGAGAUAUGUUGUCCCCUUUCCUUCAGGUAUCUAUUUUUCUUCUUCUUACUUAAAAUAUUACUCUGUCAGUCUUGGGUUUCUAGGCUCUAAUUAAAUCCGUAGGCUUUAGUGAUAUCAUAUUUUUUAAUGUUCAAGGUUAGAACUUAAAUAUUCAUUUCACUGCUAGGGUGCAGGCAUAUAUGAAGCAUAAAAGAUAAUGAAAAAGAUAAAAAAUAUAUCUACUACUAUCCCUCGCUAUCAUAUUAAAGUUGUGCAAUUCUGCUUCUACUAAUUUAAUUAAGAAAAAAAAAAAAACUUAUCUUAGUUAUCCUGCUAUAUAUCAUUAUAAUUGAACCUGAAUGCAGCUAUUAUAUCUUAAAGCUGGGACCUAAAACUUCCAGAGACUCUAUUCUGUAGCUGACCGAGUCCUAUAACCUUGUAGUAAUUAAAUUUAAAUUCUUAAGAACCUUUACUUGUCUGGAUGAUUAUUUUUUAAAAUAUUAUAAGGUAGUCUGUUUAAGAUUCUGAUGAGAUAUACUUUUUAGUCCCAUCAAUAUUUGCUCAGAACUGUUGGUAUUAUUUCGCUGUCUGGUAUAAGUUUCACAAACCUUUUUGGUCCUUGCACUUGUCAAGAAUAGCAUGCUUUAAGGAUCAAAACAUAAUUGUGAAAGAUACUUAAGCUUUGCCUAAACAAUACAUGACUUAAGUCACUGAUAUAUGACAUCUAUUUAGGCAUUUCAUAAAUGACAUCUUGGAGCUUCGCCGUUUAUUACUUACUAGCUGAUUGUUUACAUAUUGUAGGCAUUUCAUGAACCUCGAUGGAAGCUGGAAAUGGUUAUGCAGUGUAUUAGGAAGUAUGUUGCCAAGAGAUAUAUGAAUCCUGUUCUUCUUAGAAAGUUGCACCACAUGAGGACAAGGACGAGAUUUAAUAAAUUAUCCG